AUGUCGGCAAGUUCAAGGGCCAACACGGCCGCGUGCUGCGCUCGAGGAACGGCUGGCGAGAACACAGCCAAGCGUGCGUACGAGCUCACUCUUCUCGAGGAUUUGGAGACCAUUAAGAAGCUGCAUGCCAAAAGUCUCGAGAAGGAGAGAAAACGUCGCGCUGAGAGCCGAGCCAACGGGACGAACGCCGGAGACGACGGAGACGACGAAGAUGACGAAGACGAAGCCAAUCAGAGCGGGACGGACGACCUGCUGACUGCUGAGCAGAGUGACGAUUCACAGGGAGAAGACAACGGCACACGUUCGCGUCGUGUGUCGACUCGUGGGAACUACGGCAUCUCGUGGAUUGAGAAGAAGGUGAAUUUGCCGAACCGCAAGGGCUUUGGUAUCGUCAAGAAGGCAGAUCGAGAUACUUGCACGGUGGAGAUCCAAACCACCAAGGUGAUGCAAGUGUUCAAGAAGAAAGAUCUCCAGCUUGCAGGUGACAGCCACGCGAAAACGGCUCGUCAGAACAGCCGCAAUCGCAAUAAUGCCAAGGCUCGCGAGAAACUUGGGCUUGGAGAGGACGUGGUGUUGAUGGGCACGACUCCGUCACGUUAUAUUGCGUUCCAAGACCUCGUGAAGAAGUUUGCAAUGCGUCGACGUGAAAAACUCAAGAAGCGCCCGAACCUAAUCGAGUGGGAAGCGCGACUGAAUUUGAACUACUUGGAGAAUGGAUUCUGGGACAAAAGCGAUCCGUCCGUAAUUGAUAUCGUCGUGGUUCCUCAGUGCGAGAUUUGCGGCGUGGAGAAAGAGCCCGUUAUACUCCGCUUCGUUGACGGUGAGGCCUUCCGCAUAAGUGGAUCUGGCCCGUACAACUUCCCAUCCAGGUAG